AUGCCUCCACAAACCAAGCCAGCGAGCAAGGUUGUCGCCUUGGAGGACAUUGGCAGUGAUUCGCCCCCCCGCAGUGCGCGGAAGGUUGUUGCCCUAGAAGAUCUCGCAGACGGUCAGGCAGUGGUCCGACCCAGCAAGGUGCCGACAUUUAAGGAGCCAACUUCAAGCGGGAGCCAAGAAGCCUCUGACGAAGGUGGAGAAUCUGGAGAACUAGUUUCUGCAGCAGAUCUGGAGGAGGAGGCCAACAAUGCUGCUCGCAUCAAGCUGCUGUUGGACAGCUGGGCCCUUGCUAACAAAGUUGAGGACGAGGCUGACACACACGCAAAGGCCGACUCGCCAGAAGAUGAGGACUCCCUGGAGAUCGCCGACGAGACGCAAAAUCAGGCUCCAAAGAAGAGCAGAUGGGCAAAAAUGAAAGACUGGGGAAUGCAACGCAGCAUGGAAUUCAAAGGACGCAGAAGUGGAGAGCAAGCUUCGCAUUCCAUGGAAGAAACGGAUCAGGACAAAGAGGAAACGGUGCAGAAUCUGCUGGGCAGCAACGUUCCUGCAACAUACGGUGAGAUGUUCGAAUUCAAUGCCACUGUUAUGGGUUUCGGGAAGCACAGAUGGCUGCGAGAGGUCAAUCGAUCUUUUCAUGACAUCGUCAAGAACGCUGGCAACUCCUCUCGCCUGCAGGAAGAAUGCGAGGUACUGGCUUUACGCAUCUGUAAGACAGUGGACGGAGACGUGAAUCUCUCCAUGUACCGGUCGGCAAUGCUGGCAGCACUUCGGUCCAUGCUUCCAAAGACCUGGGAUCCCAACCAUGAGACGGUUUGGAACUGGCUGUGGGAGAGCGUUGAAAGCAACCUUCGCAAAGUUCUGUACAAACCACGUGCAUGGGAGCCUGCACUCCUUCGACUGAUGUCACUGUGGUCAGAGGAAGAGAAGGUCGCGCUGCGCAACGAAGUUUACGUGCGCUUCUUCCAGGUGGCCCCACAGGGUCAGGAGUUCUUCAAGCAGUCGGACACGAGGCUGCACUUCAUCGCGACACGGGCAAUGGACAUGACGUCUGAGCUGCUGGCCGAUCCUUGGGAGAUGACCGAGCAGAUCUCUGCCCUCGGUUUGCGCCAUGUGGGUUACGGCAUUCCGACACAUCUCAUCGGCCCUUUCGCAAACGCUUUCGUGGAGGUUUUGUGCGAAGCAGCACCCGAAGAACAUGAAGCACUGGAAGCGUUCAGGUGGUCGGUCGUGCUGGUGGCGAAGAUUCUGGUCCGAGUUAUCGAAGAGGGUGCCACGAUUGUGAUGAAAGCAAUUAAUGCAAACUCGGCCUUGCAGCUCAGAAAGGCUGUGGCACUAGCUCCUCGUGGAGAGCGUGCCCAGUGGUUGCUGCGAAUCCAAGUCGGCACACAGCAGAUCUCCCCACUGUCUUGGGCCAUCGAGAGUGGCAGUCUUGAGGCGGCGCGUGCAAUGAUCCAGGACCUGCUGACGAUAAGAGCUGAUCGAGAGAGGUAUUACUUCGGAGUUGAUGCUCUUUUCCAAGCUCAUCCAGACAUAGUGGAGCGGCUCUGUGCAGAUGCCCUUCAGCUGUUGCCCGCACUUCUUGAUGGACUGGUUUGGCGCUCCAAGCGCGCAAUCAACGGUGCCAGGCGAGUGAACUUCUACAUGAAGCACCUUGUCGUGACCAAGGAUGGUGCAUUUUCGGCUGCACUCAAGGCCAUCGCGGAUGCAAAGGAUGUCAAGAUCAUCUCUCACCAAGUGGUGGUGCAGAUUUCUGACACCUUGUGGUCGGGCGUCGUCCGGCGACAGUUCACAUUCUCCAAGAUAAGCUUUCUGUUCAGCCUCGUCGUCUUCAUGCUUAGCCAGGCGAUUCUGCCGAAAACUGAAACAGCAGAGGAGUUCAACAUGCGGAUCGCAAUUUUCAGUGGUCGCUUGAUAAACUAUGCCUUCAGUAUGGCACGACUUCUGGUCUUCCACCUGCGCCGGAUUGUCAAAGCAUUCCGCACGGGAGCAACCAUGAAAGUUGGAUGUGUGCCCAUCCCGGAAUAUCUGAAAGAUGAGGAUGCCAAAUUGGGCUUCAUCCUGCUUUGCAUGCUCGUCGCCAUGUGUGCAAGUGAGCCGAUGUUCUACUGUGCGCCAGACAUCAUGACAACAGGACCCAGUGAGACUUGUGAAGCAGCCAACGCUGUCAUGCCCUUGUACAUACUCUUCUCCAUGGGUGCCAUGGUUUUGCACUGGCUGCUCGUGAUCAACCUGUCGGUCUUCGCGACCAAGCUUGCUGCAUUCGUUCUUGUGUGCCGCGAGGUGCUCUCCGAGGUCGGGAAGUUUAUGGUUGCCAUCAUUUUCAUCCUGAUCACCUUCAGCAGUGCAAUUGCAACCUUGAGGCAUGAGGUGGCGGAGUUCAGAACGCUUCCGAAAGCAGCAAACUGCCUGUUUGCCACGACAGUUGGCAUCUACGAGGGCGACUACAGGGAGAUGAUGCACCAACCGGCACUUCUAGCGUUAGAUCCCGAAAUCUCGGGACGAGUUCUCAUUGUGAUGGAAAGUGCCGGUGCGUGGUACAAGCUUGCAACAAGCUUGCAGCAGCUUCCUCAAAGGCCCGUCUUGCUGUUCAUCACCGUGUCAGCAAUCCUGCUGAUCAAUCUCUUGAUCGACUUUCCCUCAGUUCAGCACCUCGCCCUUGUUUUGGGGUAUCUGUACAGUUCAAUGCCGGCUGAGGCAUUUGAGCUAUAUGGCGUUAUACAGGACGAAGAGUUCAAUUUGCAGUUGUACGACCACGGCACUAUUGACAGUCCAGGAUGGCAGGGCGACAAGCCACCGUAG